CAAAGCUCCCCCCCAACCGGCGCAAGACGCCACAGCCUCCUCAAGGCUUCGAGGAUUUCCCGACCGUUUUCUCUCUCUCUCUCUCUCUCUCUCUCUAGCAUGAAGAACCUUUAACAUCAUCAUCGUCUUCCUCGGUCCGCGAAGAACUGAUCUUCAGAGCAAGAAAGAGAGAGCCUGUAAUGGGUUGCUUUCUUGCUUGUUUUGGUUCUUCCAAAGAUCGGAAACGCAAAGCUCAUAGGAAGAACAAAAACAAAGUCCUCCCUCGAGACCAAGGACAUGGAAGCCACGGGCCUUCCGUCGCUUCGGAACCGGAGUCCUCGGCGGCACCCACCAACCUGAUUUCGGAACAACCGGUUGAGGAGCAACUGAGCUUGAAUACCAGAAGGAAAGUUACCUUUGACACAAAUGUCAAGACCUAUGAGCCUGUUCCAGUCCGUGAAAGCACCGACUUUUUACCGGAAACUGAAAAAGAAACUGACAAGAAAGAGGAAGAAAGUUCAGGAAAAUCAAGCUUAUGCUCAUCCCACUCACUCUCUGAAGACGAAUCUACCAUUUCAAGCGUCGGAUCUUACCCUUCUAAUCAUAGGUACCAGAACUGCAGAGACAGCGAUGAUGAAGCAGAGGAGCUGGACUGCGAGGACAGUGAUUUGGACGAUGAGGGUGAGGAACUAGAAGACUAUGGCGACUAUGACGAAGAGGAGUACGAGGAGAGUAGAAUCGCACAGCGAGAAGCAUGGUCUGAGUCGAUCAAAGCUGCAUCGAUGGAGGGGAGCACAGAAAUGGCUUCAGCUCGAGCAGUAACAGAGGAGGUGGAUAAGCGAAAUGCUCGAGACAGGAGUGUUUACGUUCAUUCUGUGCUCAAUCCGGUAGAGAAUCUCUCUCAAUGGAAGGCAGUCAAAUCAAAAGCGAUUCCACCAUUGAAGCCGCAGCAGAAGGAGAAUUUCAUCAGAACAGAGCAGGAAGAGGCUCGUGUUUCAUUUAGCUCCGAUCCAAUUCUCAAGCCCAAAUCUGAUAAAUCCAAGAAUCAGAAUCAACAGGUGGCAGUGGAUGCAAGCCUGUCAAAUUGGUUGGUCUCCCCUGAAACCAUUACUGCGUCUAACAGAAGCGUUUCACAGUGCUCAAGCUCAGUGGUGAGCGUGGAAGAUAGGCCAAUCUUGGGUGCAUUGACUGUGGAGGAGAUUAGGCAGUUUUCAGCAUCGUCUUAUUCCCCGAGAAGGUCGCCGAGUUGGAGCCCGGAUGAGAAGCCGAUAAUAGGCACGGUUGGGAGAUACUGGAGUCACUCAGAGCCAGCCAUGGAUGCUGGCUCAGCCUCUUCCAAGAAAGGCAUUCCAAACACAACCAGCAAGUACAGAAGAGAGGACAAGAGAGUGAACUGGAACUCGACCCCAUUUGAGACGAGGUUGGAGAGAGCUCUCGAUGGAACAAUUGCUUGAUUUACAGAUUGUCACUGUGUUGCUUGGGAGAUGGGCUUGUUUUCUCUCUUAAAUUUUUCAUCAUCUUUGUGUUAUCUGUCUGUUCAUGAGUGUGUUCUAAACCUGGUUAAUUUGUUUUUGUUUGCCGUUCAUUUGUCAACAAAAUUGUGUGUUUGUUGUAAUUCCUUGAUGUCUUGAACCGAGUACAUAUUAUUUGUCUACCUUUCAUCAAUUGUAAUCGGAUAUGCUAAAACCCGAGUUACUGCGAACAGAAAACAGGAACAAUUCAAACCCAU